AUGAGGUCUACCCAGUUUGUUCCGGUCUUUGCUAUGACUCCACACGAGUACAAGGCCGUUCUUGCGCUUGCCCAUCAAACUCCGGAGUAUGGUGGUGAAUUCGUUGCUGUUGGUAGUCUUAGAAGCAAAAGUUGGACACAGAUUGGCUUCCCCUACAUGGUUCGUACAGUGAAUUCAGGGCCCAUAGUCAAUGGAAGUCUUCACUGGUUUGCCUCAAAGAACAAUUCAGGCAGUUAUUUCCUUUCACCGCAUCAAAUUAUUUAUUUUAAUGCACAUAUGAAUAAAUUCGAGGAGGUAACAAUGCCAGAUCCUAGAGGAGAGGACAGAGAUAUCAUUCACCGAUUGGGUGUUUUGGAUGGAUACCUUUGUAUGUCUCAAUCGGUCUGUCUAGGCGAUAGUGAAAGCAAUGUUGAGGUAUUGAUAAUGAAAGAAUAUGGUGUGAAAUAUUCUUGGACUAUUUUGUUCGUCGUUCCUGAUGGUUUGACCUUUAGUAGUUAUGAUACAUUGGUGCCAUUAGGUUAUACAAAAAAUGGUGAAGUUCUCACUAAGGUUAACCUAUUCGUAGUCCACGGUUGGCAUAUUAGGGCAUUCAAUCUGACUGACAAUUCCCAGAGGAGAAUUUCAAUACGAGACUCUUUAUAUGUGAAUGACUCUUUUUAUGCUAUUAUUGUGAAUGAGGAAAGUUUGAUGACACCUGCCAACUAUGAUUGGGACGAGGAAUAG